AAAUUCUCUUUACACAACAAUCGAACCUCUCCUUUUUGUUUUUCACUCCCUGAAUUUGAUUAUCUUUCUCUAAAGAACUUCUAGCUAACAAAAUUCCAUGGAAGCAAAUUCAAUUAAGGAAACACUUUGUGGAGUUUUUUAGUUUUUUAAAGCAAUGGUCAGUGUCCUUAAGUUCAGUUAUAUCAUGAAUUCUGUGCCAGCUCUUUAGCGGUGUCUUCGAAUGUACACGGGUUAACAACUUGUCCGGAAAAUCUCCCUCGCUCUGAAUACAUUAAUCUAUUUGAAUUAUUCAUGUGGCCUUCCUUUAAAUUUACAAUUCUAAAAUGACAGUGCGUAGGAAACAAUAAAAACAGUAUUCAUCGUAGCACCUGUCAUGUCGUUGCUGAAGGUCGCCCACUCUGGCACAGCGAACAGAAAUCUUUCAUCAACCCAUUCGAUUUUAAACGAGUUGGCGUCGAUGAAGAUCUGACUAGCGAUUCGUCCCAACGAAAUUAAAUGUUCGCUGAAUUUAUGCGAUACCUCUCAGAGGCUUAAAGGACAUCAAUUGCUCGUUUUUCCAAUUGCCUUAUUGCCAUCUGGGAGAGCGAAUGGAGAUCAAUCCUGGAUUGAAUCACAUCAGCGAACAAGCGAGCAACAAUUCAUCCGUUCAGGCACCAAAGCCAUCUCUGAGAGGAGAAAUCAACGAUAAAGGACAAAGGAUCAUUAUUAAUGUUAGCGGCCUGAGGUUUGAAACCUACGAACGCACGCUUUCUCAAUUCCCGGCAACACUUCUCGGUUGUGCAGCGAAAAGAGAAUUCUACUACGACAGUGAAAACAAUGAAUAUUUUUUCGACAGAAAUCGUUCAUCGUUUGAGGCCAUAUUAUUUUUUUACCAGUCUAAUGGCAAGCUUGUUCGGCCGAGUGGUGUUCCGUUGUACGUUUUUUCGGAAGAGGUCAGAUUUUUUGAACUUGGUAAGGAACAUCUUCAGCGGUUAGAGAUCGAGGAGGGAUAUAUAAGCGAAGAGAAACCACUAUUGCCGACAAACCAAACACAAAGGAGAAUAUGGGAAUUAUUCGAAUAUCCGGACAGUUCAAUGCCGGCGCGUUUUUUAGCUAUGUGGUCAGUGUCUGUGAUUUUACUGUCUAUCGUGGUAUUUUGCCUCGAGACUUUACCGAGUAUACGUUGUAGGACUGAUUCAAGUGGACCUGGUUGUAAGGCAUACGUUGGAACCCCUCAAACUAAGAAAAUGUGGUACACUGUAAUCGAAAUUCUGUGUAUCUCGUGGUUCACCCUUGAGUAUGUUGUGAGGUUAUUGUCUUCACCGCAAAAAUUGGUCUUUAUUCGCACAUUUUUGAACAUCAUUGACCUAGUUGCGAUUUUACCCUACUACAUUACGCUUCCAAUGAACGAAGCCCGCGUAACCUCGUUGGCUGUGUUACGAGUUAUUCGUCUAGUACGUGUCUUCCGCAUAUUUAAAUUGUCGAGACACUCAAAAGGCUUACAAGUCCUUGGCUAUACGCUGCGGUCAAGUUCAAGAGAACUGGCCAUGCUCAUUUUUUUCCUCUUGAUCGGAGUAGUGCUGUUCGCGAGUGCUGUUUUUUACGCGGAACAAGACAGCCAAGAUAGCCAAUUCAAAAGUAUCCCUGAUGCAUUCUGGUGGGCGGUAGUUACCAUGACAACAGUGGGAUACGGGGACAUGACUCCUCGCACUUUGGGAGGCAAAAUAGUGGGUUCUAUCUGCGCUAUAUCAGGGGUGUUGACCAUUGCUCUUCCUGUGCCGGUUAUUGUAUCAAAUUUCAACUACUUUUACAAAAGGGAGGAAUUGAACCAGUCUCUUAAUACGGCGGAAAACGGCGAGUGUGGUAGAGACCAAAACGAAGACGUUGACGCCUUCAACGGGCCGCUGACCAGCCCAUCUGGACACAUGAUCCUCAGCUCACCUGCCGCAUUUACAGGAAUAGAGGAGGUUCGAGUAAAAACUGAGACGCCUGUUUGAUCAUGUGACUUCUCGCGCUGGGCCGCUGACCAGCCAAUUUGGGCUUAGCUCAUACAACGUGUUUGGAUUCGAAGAAGUUUGCGUAUAAACUGCAUGAUAUGCACGUUCGACCAAGUGAAUCGAUAAGUUCUUUAGAAGGAGGCUUUUACAAGCCUGUAGAAACAUGUGUCGUGUUUUGAUGGCUACCGCCUUUCUCCUGGUCAUCACCUUCAUUACGACUCAACAUGCUCAAAAAUAGACUCGGUUUCAUGUACUCAAAAGCUUACGAGGAGACGGUUAAGACAGUCUAUGAUUAAUUGCAUAACGAAGUCAAUAUUUAUCUCAUGUUUCCAUCGAGUGGAUAAGACGAUAUUGUAAUAAAAAUGUAUGGGCUUCACCGACGAGCUGAGUCAUAUGGCUACGAUAGCGAUGCAGAUGUUUCAAUAUCUGAUCAGCUAGGAAUUUAGUGAUGGCAAACUGUUUGAUUCUUUCCUUAGUCAAGCGACGAUGAUCAAACUAGCUCAAAAAUUUUGAUCUAAAACGCAAGUGAAGUGGACAUAUAUUCAUGCUUGGUUACAUUGAGUCUUGCGAUUGAACAAGCAACAGGAAUAAUUGGUGUUUUGCCUGGAUAAACCCAGCGGCUCAGUGAUCCGUUAAGUGUCACGUUGGAAAAGAUCAGUGUAGAAUUCUGAGAGCAUAAGACUGACUUAAACUAUGAAGAGCAAAGGCACAGGAAAGCCAGCAUACUGGAAACCUACCCAACUAAAACUAAGCAUAUUUUUUACAUUGCUUGUGCGUUUAUCAGCGUUUCGUUGUCAGCGGAAUUGUUUCUUCUCGUUAGCCACAUCAAGAAAUUUCUUGGUUUGGAUACCCAACCGACAAUAAUCGGUUCCGUCGGCCGAGAAGAAUGACACCAGUCAGCGGUUUCGUUAUUGUAAAAUGGACUAAAACUUUUAUGCAUCUCUUUCACAUAGGCACUAACGACUGCAGUAUUUACAUUGUGCAGAGAGACUUAAAGUAAAAAAUAUUUGACGAACUUUCAAUUUCCUUGUUUUGGAAUCACGUUUAGUUUUCAUCCAGCGUUUAAAUUUGCCAGAAAAAUUGGAUUUAUUCAUGACUAACUAAAAAUAUUGUUCAUUUUUAUACACGUUCCGGUACAUUUGUUUUAUUCAUGUCAAGUGCGUUCUAAUUGGUAUGUUUAAGGCUUGUUUCUUAGAAGAGCUGCAAUAGCUCAAGGAACCUAAGAGACGUCUAGGAUGAUAUGUAUAUCGUUUUGCUAUUAUGAUUUCAGGUGGUUAGACGGCUGCCAAACAACCCAUAGGCCAGUUGUCAAUCCUCUCGCUUCUUAGGGCCGCAAAUUUUCUUUUUAUUUGAGUUUAAAAUUUUUAAGAUAUGUGAAAAGGCUGCGACGGUUUAAACAUAAAGACUUCUGUUCAAAUACUCGUUAUUUGAAACACUUGUACAUGUGAAAAUUCCAAAAAGGUUACUUGAACAUAGAGUAUGGAUUAAUAAAUUGCUUAGCGGUUAAAAAGAGACUUACGGAGAAGCAUUCUCUGUUAUGAGAACCGCGAACACUUUGAUAUUAAUCUGACACGCGCCAAUAAGCGUGUACUGACCAACCUCAAGGUCCGGGGCGUGUAAACAAAACUCAAAACCGCAAGUUGAUUACUAUUGCUGAUUGCGGUUCAGAUUUCUGACGCUUAAUUGAAUCCUUCAAAUACAGUUAUAUGCUAUAAAUAUAUCUGGCCUUCACGGUUUUCUGAGUUUCGUAGUAAAUAGAUCGUCAAGGGUUGGAUGCAAGACAAGCCGAGACAUUAUGGAUAGAAGCAAACGGCUGAUUGCUAGGCAAGAAUGGAUAAAAAAAAGGAGAAACGAAGCGAAUUUUUACGACUUUCGAGGGCUAACUGAUCAGACAAGGAAAAUCUUAAAGAGCUAAAACGCAUCCAGUUUCAUAAUUCUUUAUAUACAUUUUCAAUGGCAGAUAUCAAAUUAUGAGGCUUCUAGAUUAUACUUAUCCUAAAAGCUUUUGUAGUUUCAGAAUAUUUAAUUUGAUUUUUAACAACUGAUUCUAUCUAACUAGGAUCAAGGCCUUAAGACAAAGAUCGGAUUAGCUCACAGCCUUGUCUUCUACAAAGUAUGUUAAAUGUGAACAUAGUUUCAUUGAAACAAAUAAACGGUGGAAAACAUA